GUAGUGUUCACAUUAUCUGAUCAUAAAAAGAAGAAUAUCCUAUCCUCUUUUUUUUUUCUGUGUGUGUCAAACACCUAUUCCAAAUACACCUAAUACCGUUGUAAAUUUAUGAUAUUACCGAUCCCAUAAACAUACAAUGGGAGACAACAAACGCUCUCCUGCUGCUAUCGAGCAGGCUAAUAUCUUCUCUUAUAUCACCUUCCAUUGGAUACAGCCAAUGCUGCUCUAUGGCAGAAAAAAUACCCUAGUAGCUGAUGACAUGCAAGACUUGUCUAAAAAGGACAAGAUCCAGCGUAUCUCCGACUUGGUUCUGCAGGAAUGGACUCGUGAAGUUCAAGAAAAGAAGCAAGCCAGCCUCAAGAAAAAUAAUAACAAGAUGAAACGACCGAACCUACUGAAAGUCCUAUGGAGGUGCUUUGGCCUAUAUGCGUGUGUCCCAUUCGUCUCAGCUCUGGUGGAGUCUGUGUGCAAGGUUGUCGAGACUGUACUUCUUGGAUACGUGAUUCGGUUCUUUAAUACUCCUGACAUGACCGUGGGAGAGGGCAUGAGUUAUGCCAUUGGCCUUUUCUUGGUCACACUCUUCCGUGGCACGGUCCAUCAUCACAAUUUCUUUCACAUCCUCCGCAUCGGCACUUGGACACGUCAAGGUUUGAUUGCGCUCAUGUAUCGCAAGUGUCUGACACUCUCCACCUCCAGUGCCAUCUCCACUGGCACUGUUGUUAAUCUGAUAUCAAAUGAUCUCCAACCAUUCGAGAACUGUGCGCCGUUCUUUAUGUAUUCUGUCCUUGGCCCUCUUGAGAUGAUUGCUGUCAUGUACCUUCUCUGGAGGGAACUUGGCGUUGCCUGUCUGGCUGGUCUCCUUGCUUUCGCAAUUUUAAUGCCCAUUCAAGUCUUAUUCGGGCGUCGUUUCGGCAAAAUUCGCUCCAAGACAGUUCAUGCACGUGAUGAUCGUAUCCGAACCCUUUCAGACGUCUUCUCUGGGAUCGCACUGGUCAAGCUUUGUGCAUGGGAAGUCCCGUUCCAGGAAAGGAUUAUGGCACUCCGGUCAAUUGAGCUCAAAUACAUCUGGAAAUCUAAUGUCAUGCAAGCUGCCAACUUGUCCAUCUAUUUCUUUUUCCAGCCUUUGAUUGCACUGUGCGCAUUCGUGGCCUAUUGGCUACAAGGCAAGACCCUGACCGCAGACAAAGUCUUUGUCUCCUUGACGCUGUUCAAUAUCGUGAGGCAGACCAUGACCUCCUUUUUCCCCAAGGCACUCGCAUCCAUGGCUGAAGUCAGAGUCUCAGCCAAGCGUAUCACAGAUUUCUUACUGUUGCCUGAGCUGAGAAGUAUAGAAAAUGAGAUUGAAUCAACAACAUUUGCACCAAAAGAAGAAAAGCAAGGACAGUGGCCUCAAACUCCGGAGAUUUUAGUCGAAAUGAAAAAUGCUAGCUUCUCUUGGGCAAUUGAGACUGAGGAUAGAAACAUGAUUUUAGAGUUGUCCGCGAAGGAGAAGCAAUCCAAAGAAGCAGGAGCGGAAAAUAAGAUCAUGAACAUUGAGACAAAAGACCUUAUUGAUCCCACGCUUGACGGCAUUAACCACGACAGGAGCGAUGGCGCCAAUGCUCUAGGCUCAUUCAAAAAGGCUAUCCUCAACGACAUCACCAUGACACUCCGACAUGACGAGCUACUUGCGAUUGUUGGACCUGUUGGAUGUGGCAAAUCUAGUUUCUGUAUGGCGAUUCUUCGAGAAAUGACUCUUACUUCUGGUUCUAUGAGCCCGGCUCAACUGUGUGGCUCCGAUAACCAACAACGGCCAAUUACCAUGUCCUACUCUGCACAGUCGCCAUGGAUUUUUGCAGGUUCGAUUAGGAGCAACAUCUUAUUCGGAUCAAAGUUUGAUCAGGAGCGGUACAGCAAGGUCAUCAAGGCAUGCGAAUUGACCCGUGAUCUAUCGCUGUUUCCUCAAGGUGAUGCCACCAUCAUUGGAGAAAAGGGCGUUACUCUCAGUGGUGGCCAGCGUGCCCGCGUCUCUCUUGCUAGGGCCGCAUACAGGGAUUCGGAUCUAUAUGUCCUUGAUGAUCCUCUGUCUGCUGUGGACUCUAAGGUGGGCCGAGCGCUAUUUGACAACUGUAUCAAUGGGUUUUUGAAGGGCAAGGCGCGUGUGUUGGUAACUCAUCAAUUACAAUACAUCAAAGACUGCGAGACAGUCAUGGUGCUAGAGCGUGGACAAAUCACGCAUAUGGGUCCUGUGGAUGAGAUUAUGGGAGAGGAAGUUAAAAUCAAGCAGCAGGUCGAUGGGACUUCUGCUAAGAGUAUCCAAUUGCGCACUCGCUUUAUAAAUGUCCUUCGUGAAUUUGCGAACAAAACUUCAGUGGCCCCAGAGGAAGAUGAGAUGUCAACUAAUGAUGCAAAGUUGAUUCAGGAUAAAACACCAGGCAAUGUGAAUAUUAUCAGCAACGAAAUUGAAACAGAAGGCGAGGCAAAGAAUCAUGGUGACAAUGAUGAUGGCGCCAGUAUAAUGGAGAAAAACUUGACGGUCGAAGAAGUGGCUACUGGUGAGACCUCCCCCAAGGCGUAUCUCGAGUUUUUCAGGAUCGGCUCCACUUGGUCUAAGCUCAUGCUCACUGUGAUAUGUCUUACCUCUGCCCAGGCCAUUAUGGUUGGGAGCGAAUUCUUCUUGACAGUGUGGUCUAGUGCAACAGCGGCGGAGCAGGCUAGGUCAUACUACCCUACAGCUUUUGGGCUAUACUGCUUAGGCACCGUCAUUAUGACUCUUAUUCGAUCUCAUUUGUUUUUUGAUUGCGUGGUCUCAAGUGCCCGAAAUAUGUUUCGAGCCAUGCUGGAUGCACUCCUGCGGACUGGCAUUGAUUUCUUUCAUGCGAACCCACAUGGCCGGGUUUUGAAUCGAUUCUCAAAGGACAUGGCGCUAUGCGACGAGCUGCUACCUGUUGUGUUUUUCGAAGCAAUUCAGACUGGAUUUAUGCUUCUAGGCUCGGUGGUCACGGUCUGUAUUGUCAAUCCAUGGGUUAUCCUCGCCAUUCCUUUUAUCUUGGCAGGGUUUGCAGGCUUGCGAUGGUUAUACAUGAAAUCCAGCCGACAAGUCAAACGCAUCGACAGUCAAUCACGCUCACCUAUCUACUCUCAUCUUUCGGAAACAUUACAUGGAUUAAGUACCAUUCGUAUAUUUGGUGUCAGCGGAGACUUUAUGAAAGAGCAUAUAAAGACCCAGGAAGACAAUGGGCGCGCCUUUUUUACCUACUUAGCUAUGGCACGCUGGCUUGGGUACCGCCUCGAUGCAGUUUCGGCUCUCUUCUUGGGUGUCACUGCUAUUGCUUGUGUGGCCGUGCGUGACACUCAAGAGGCCUCCAGAGCCGGUCUGGCCAUGUCCUCUGUCAUUAGUUUGUCAGGCGAGUUACAGUGGGCUAUCCGUAUGAGCGUCGAGGUUGCAAUCCUGAUGGUUUCAGUCGAGCGCAUGAUGGAAUAUGCGCACCUUCAGCCUGAAGCAACCAAACGUCAUGAAUUUAAUCUCGACCAUACUCCAAUAGUACCUAACAGCUGGCCAAGCGAAGCUCAAGUCACGUUCGAGGACGUAUCCCUCACUUACCCCCGCGGAGACAAGCCUGUGCUUAAGCACAUCUCGUUGGAUUUCCGUCCAGGUGAACGCGUCGGUAUUGUGGGCCGCACUGGCGCAGGCAAAUCAAGUUUGGUCAGCGCUCUCUUUCGCCUUGUUGAAACUACAACUGGCGACCCGCCUCGUCGCGGAGGGAUUUCAAUCGAUGGAAUUGAUAUUAGCAAGAUUGGUGUACACGAUUUACGCGAAAAGAUGGCUAUUAUCCCUCAAGAGCCGUUCUUGUUCCGAGGGACGCUACGGUUCAAUCUCGAUCCCCUUUCUCAAUAUCAGGACGCCGAUAUCUGGGCUGCAUUGGAGGCUGCAGAGCUGAAGCAGAUGGCCCAAUGCCUCGAAGGUGGACUGAAUGCUGUUGUUGAUGAUAAUGGCAAGAAUUUUAGUGUAGGGGAACGUCAGUUAUUAUCCUUGGCGCGAGCGAUAUUGCGACGGAGUAAGAUCAUUGUAAUGGAUGAAGCAACCGCCAAUGUGGAUUUACAGUCGGACCGCAUGAUCCAGAAAGCUAUUUCGUCUCAGUUCAAGGGUGCAACCAUCUUUACGAUUGCACAUCGAUUAAAUACGGUCAUUGGAGAUUAUGAUCGGAUCCUGGUAUUGGACCAAGGGGAAGUGGUAGAAUUUGGGGAGCCUUGGGAACUUUUGAAGGACGAUGCCCACAAUGGUAUGACAUCCAAUAACAAGGGCAGAGGUUGGCUCAAGGGGAUGGUUGAGGGAACUGGGCCAGAAAAUGAAGCUAAGCUGAAACAAGCUGCAAAGGAGCAUUGGGAGAAGCAUAACAAUUCUAUUCAUCAUUAAAAAGAGAUAAU